UGCCGGUGCUCUGUUUUCUCCUUUCCUCCAUCUGAUCUCCCCGGAAAUUAUGAUCUGAACCUGUCGUUGCAGAUGGUCUCUUGAUUUGUCGUCUUCCUACAGCCCUCGCUGUGCAAUUCCCUCCUUUUCUUCUGUUUCCUCCCUCCCUGUGCCUUCCUUCCUUUCCUCCGUGGAGCCGCAACGAUGCGCGAAGCUACGUCCCUCCUUAUGAACUCGUCGGGCUCCUUCCGUAUGCAUUUACGUCCGAACCCUCCGUUUGCUGCGCGAUGCUCUCGCAUUCCGAACGCCCUUCGCUCGUUUCCCCUGCAGACCUCAACAGACUACAACGGUGGCUCUUUAACGCGACGACUCUACACCGGUCAACCACAUGGCUCUCGUUCGAGCUCUACGGAUCGUCUCCUGGCGCCCUCGCCUGCCUCGUUCUCGACCUCUUCGCAAUAUUCCGAUCCCGGGGACUGGGAAGUCAAUUCCAAUCUUGCGAUCUCGGCAUUUUCGGAGCUGCCGUCGAAGGAUUUCGGAGUCAACCAGCAUAUGGUCAUUAACCAGGAAUUCAAAGAGGCCUUGCGCCAGAUUCUCUGGGGGUUCCGCGCUCCGAUUCGGUAUGCAUUCGCCUACGGGUCGGGAGUCUUCCCGCAAUCCGGCAGCGCCCCCGGCUCCAGUCAAUGUCACCCAUCAGCCCCGGCGGCCAUCAAGAAUAUGCAGCAAGGACAAGGGAAGAUGAUCGACUUUAUCUUUGGCGUUUCGUACUCUCAACAUUGGCACUCACUAAACCUUAGUCAGCACCGUGAUCAUUACUCCGGGUUAGGUUCUCUGGGAUCCUACCUGGUUUCGCAAACGCAGGACAAACUCGGCGCCGGCGUAUAUUUCAAUCCGUAUGUCACGGUCAAUGGCACGUUGAUUAAAUACGGAGUCGUAAACUUGGACACGCUCUGCCAGGAUCUCAGCCAGUGGGGCACCUUGUACCUGGCCGGGCGAUUGCAGAAGCCCGUCAAAAUCCUGCGCGACCAUCCGCGGGUGCGACUCGCCAAUCAGAUGAACCUGCUGUCUGCCGUUCGAGUAGCCUUGCUGCUGCUGCCGGAGCAGUUUAGCGAGUUCCAGCUUUACAGUACCAUCGCAGCGAUCAGCUACAUGGGUGACAUUCGCAUGUCGCUGCCGGCCGAGGACCCUCGCAAGGUCAACAACAUUGUCUCCGGACAGAUGGCCAACUUCCGGCGGCUGUAUGCGCCGCUCAUUGACAAUCUUCCCAACGUGACUUUCAACGACAAGCGCUGCACCCAGGAGGACUGGAUCGACGAUCCGGGUGCCAACGUGCGGUUAACACAAGACAUGGACCCCGUCAAGCGUGGUAACAUGGUCCGCCGACUGCCCGAGUCCUUCCGGGAGAAGCUGUAUUUCCAGUAUCAGUCGCGCUACGAGAUUCCGCGUGCUCAAUUCAACCAGAUGAUGAAGGAGAACAACGACAAGGACCCCGAGCUUGUGCGUCGCCGACAAGGGGGUGAAUUUGAGCAGCGGAUCGCCAGCGAUUCGCACCUGACACAGGAGGUACAAAACUCGAUCACAAAGACCAUCCGAUGGCCCAGCCUGGUGCAGACCGCCAAAGGACCGCUCACCUCGGGCGUCAGUCGUACCUGGCGCUACUUGCGAGAAAAGCAGAACAAGUACAAGACGUCGGGCCAGAACCCUCCUCCGACGAGCGAGGAGUCGUCGUCCAAGGCCUCCAAGCAAGAAUAG